AAAGCUAGACAGUUUCUAAUUUUUCAGUAAAAAACUCAGUUUUGAAAAUUUCAUCUAAAAUUGUGUUGCACAAAUCAGAUAUCUUUAAGGGCUCAUCUAACUUACGAAUCCUGUACUAAUUAAUUAGAAUAUUAAAAAUCUACCUUUGAAACUUAAAAAUAGUACUCUAUGCUCUUAAAAAUCCGAUUAUUAUAUUGAAAGUAAUUGUGGUAUUCCGUUUUAAUUUAACGCAAUUUGCAUCUUAACUUUAAAAAAAAUAUAUACUUUUGUAAAUUGCUUCACCUCUUACGUACUUCGUCUCUUAAAAUAAAGAAAUAAUUCUUAUUUCAAGUUCUGCUAAUUAGUUCAAUAAAUAGAGAAAUCUUCCAUUUUAUUAAUUUUAUUUCAUAGAACAGAAAGCUUGUCGAAACUGAGUAAAUAAAAUAAUACUUAUUGACGAAACUGAAUAAAUAAAAAUAAUACUCAUCGAAAACUAACUGAUGCGUCUCUAAGCGGUUUCACUUUCUCACUGAACUUAAAACUACCACUCCAUCAAAACGUUAAAAUCUGGAAACGGCACUUAACAACAUGAGGGGUGGAUUACAAAGCAAUUUGUCGAAAUGGGCAUUCUAACGAUGUCUUUCUACCUGAAGACCCCUGGCGACACAUCUCCCUUCGCCUGAAAAGCUCUUUCUCCUGAUCCCGGAUCUCAGUGUCGAUUUCGGCAUUCAAGAGGAUAGGUAACACAACAUAGGAUAAGUGGAUCAUAAAUUUGGUGCUCCAUGUGCCGCUCUCUGCCAAUUUCUCUAUGCUUCUAAUCCUUUUUCUUCGGCUGGCCUUAUUGCCGGUGUUUAUAUACGGAGAAGAGUGUACCCUGCACGAAUUGCAUGCUUGUUUAGAGUCUUUGCAAUCAGUUACACAAAACAACGAUUUAGCACUUGUUACUACCAAAGAAGAGCUUUUAGCUGUUUGCAGAAAACUUAAGGACAGCGUUGGUUGUGUGGAUAAUCACAUGAAGCAUUGUUUCUCACCUACGCAGACCAAAGUUUUCAACAGUUUGGUGUCGGGAGCAAGGCAGUUUCUUUCAGAGCUCUGCGUUAUUGGUCCAAUACAAGAAGCAUACUUAAAACACGCCCCAUGUUUCCAAAAUGUCUCGCUGUCCGAGAAUAAAUGUGCGCCUAAAUAUAGACAUCUCAUGCAGCUGUCUGAAAAUGUAGAAGAACAAAGAAAUGUUGAUGAUGGACUCAGGGAGUCUUGCUGCGCAUUCAACGAAUUUGUUUUGUGCAAAUAUGAACACGUCCGAAAAGACUGUGGAUUGUAUGCAGCUGAGUUCUUACAACAGCAUUUAGAUCGCAUAUCUAGCCCAUUAAUUCACGAGCAUUGUGCACAUUACAUGUACGCAACCAAUGCAUGUGUGAAAUCCUCAUCAGCAAGCAAUUUGGCUUACAAUUCAGUUUUAAAAACUUUAUUUGCUCUACAAUUAAUAUUUAUCUAUCGAAUACUUAGAUUAAAUUGAGUCUAAGUGACAUUUAACAAGUGGAAAUAUGAAGCUCAAAUGCAGCCAAAAUUUUGUGUUAUUAUGGUGAAUUAUAAUAGAUACAGUAUAUAAAUAACGAGACGGGGGGGAACUGUUUUGUACUAUUUUUUAAUACAGGGUAAAAAAAAAUUUUAUAGCCUUGCGCAGUACCGCUUGGAUCAAUUGCACACGCAUACUUAUGAUUUUGUCGCCCGCUUAAACGAGCAGUGGUCUUUUAACUUCUUAAUAAUGUAGAGGUCACGUGGGUACAGUGGCACAUGAAUUUCCAUGUUAAUUUCUACAGAAUAACAUUCAUUAUGAUUUAACGUGGCCAUGUGACAAGAUGACUUCUCAAAAAAGUUUACUAGGAUAUUUGAUUACCUUUUUUAAGUUUGUUAGUGUUUUCAAAUAACACUGAUUAUUAAGAUUGACUCCAAAAUGUAAGGUAAUUAUAAAUAAUCAUGCAUUUUCGGUCCCUCCAUUAGUUUUUCAGAAACUGAAUGAUUGAGCUGACAACUCCUUAGCUGUCAUCGUUUUAUCAUUGCUUUCAUGACAAUUAUUGUCAUCUAGAGAGUGAAAAAUACGCGAAUCGUUUUUUUUCCUUCUAAAUAACAUAAUUUUACUUUAAUAGCUAUCUCGUUAUUUAUAAACUGUAUCUAAUAAACCCUAUCUUUGUAAAUACUAAAAAGUUAUUUUCUUUUAUAAUGAUCAAUCUUAUGCUCAUGUUUGUCAAAUAUUAUUUGUUAUUACUACUACUGAAGUCAGCGAGAUUCAAAACAUCACAUCUUAACCCCUUCCUUCUCGCUCCC